UCUCACCUCCACCACCGCCGCCCGGGUCAACCUGCAUCCGCCACCGACGCCCACCUUUAAUGUCUGUGACUUCCACUGUCGCUUGCCUGCAGCUCCGACCCUUGCUGCAUCCCACCUUCGUCGGACCACUCCGCCCAACACGGCUUCCCUGGACGCGAUGAUUGUACCCCGUGCUCCCUGCUCCAGAUCUGGCUUGAAUCUGCCAUAUCAAGGAUCCUUUGUUGAAGCUGCAGCCACACUGGUUUUGUUUCUCAUCUUUAGAAGUCUUUGUAGUGGAAGGAAGGGCAAGGCAAAACCUGUCUCAGGUACCUUGUUGUUUGGAACAUGUCAUCCCUUGAGCUCGGCACCUGUUCGCAUAUGCCCUGUUCGAAGAGUGAGUCAGUGCGUGUCCGUGCUCUAUUUUACGCGCGUGUGUGUGUGUUUUGGUUCAGGUGCAAGCCCAUGGAUGCUGAAGACUAUGAGGAGUACAUACCUCUUCUUUAUGAAGUUCUCGCAGGCCAGCAACAUGAGGUGA